AACUUUGUGGAAUCUACUGGCCAACCCUGGCAUCCCGAGCAUCGCGAAUGGCAUCACAUUCGCACUUGAGAUAAAAAGGCUAGGCUGCUUUUCCGCCCGCACAACUCCUCCCCCCUCCCAACCACUACAACCAACUUCGCGUAUCUUCCGCUCGGUCUUCCCUUCCAACGAUAGCUUUUCACUCCCACCUAAUCGAGAUUACAAGUUCCCCCUUGCUCGAAAUGACCGGCCCAAUCACGGAGUUCAUUAUCCUAACGCUCAAGAACCACGCCACCUCCCCCUCCCAGCCUCCCGCAGCCUGGUCUGAUGUUACGGACACUCUGAAAUCCGUCCCCGGUGUCGAUGCCGUGUACACGGGCACACAGAUCGAGGACCCCUCCAAGACGGUCCUCGUUGUGCAGUGGGCCUCCCCCGACGCCUUCUCCGCCUUUGCCGCCUCUGAAUCCUACAUGCCUUGGUUCGCCUCCCUCAAGGCCGUCUCCGCCCACGCCUCCCCCGACAGCCCGGGCACCGCUCCGCCGCUCUUCUACAAGGUCCCCUUUACCGCUGACUCUGACCCAGCUGCGGUCCUAGGCGCGCCUUGCACCGAGGUCUUUGUCGCCUAUGGCGUAGACGACUCCUUCGCGGGCCGGACGGCCGACUUUGCCAAGGGCCUUGCAGAUGGGAGAGCUUCGGUAGAGGGGUUCCACGGGCAUGCAUAUGGUGAGAUUUCGACGCCGCUCGCUUUAGAGGGGUCCGGCGAUGGGGAGAAGGGUCCCGCGGUGACGCUGCUGCUGGGUUGGGAUAGCAAGCAGGCGCAUCUUGACGCCAAGGCCAGGCCUGGACCGAUAUCCAACAACAUUGAUCUGCUAAGAACAGGCCGCAAGGGCAUUUCCAUGUAUCACGUAAACCUGAAGCGGCUUUGAAUGAUGACGAAAGGCGACCAGGAAGAAGUCUAUAAUUUGAUGGGAGAAGAAAACGAACAUGGUUUGAUCAUGACUCAAGACUGUACUCUACGAUGGGCUACAAAUGAAACUUGUGAAAGACAUUACCAGUGACAAGUUCCCUACCCUUUGUAGAUUGUUGCUUGCGAUCCCAU